AUGUAUCCCGAGAUCCACACCUGCACAUCUUCAAUCCUCGAAUCUACUCAACAGCCCCCAACUUAUGCCCAACAACCCCUUUCUCCCUCCCUAGACACCUCGUCCAUCUUUCCUCAGUCACAUACACUACUACAUCUAGACUCACUACCACGCCGAUCCGCACGCCACCGUGCAUGCGCAACCGCAACCGCAACACGACAUGGAGGCACUGCCCCACCUCCUUUGUAUCUCGAAGAUGUCAACCAUGCGUGUGGGGCAAACGCAAGGCAAAACAUGUGGGAAAGAUACGAAGCUUCGGGGUGGCAAAAAACACCAAACACCAUCUCUCUGUCUCGAAAAAAGGCAAGUUACGCGGGGAGCGGAAGCAAGACUUUGCAACUACUGUGUAUUGUAAUAAAGUGCCUAUUUGGUAACUUCCAAGGGUGUAUAGGGGUAAACGACCGCGUGUGGGGACAUGUGGCUUGGACACGGCACCGAAACUUCUGUGCGUCGUCUUGGGGCCAGCUGGGCACAACGAACAUCGACGACGAUACUAACAACAACGCAACGACAAUUCGUCUUGGGUAUCGAGGCUUGGCAAGGCUGGUUCCCAACGUAUCGCAGCAGGCAGUGCAUGUUCCAAGAAAAAGCGGAGAAGCGGAAAAUCAAGACAACGCUGAACAAGAGCCGAACAACAACGCCUUUGCAAAUUUCCAUCACAGCCUUGAUUAUUAUACAGGACGUGUAUUAGGCUGUCUGUCUGUCAACUCGGGAAAGCGGAUUACCAAGACCGAGAGGGCUAGCCCUAGCCUUCCAACAUAA